AAUUAUUUCGAGUAUUCCGCCAUCUUUAAUGGUAAAUACGCAUCUCGUCGUUUCCUGUGUGACUACCUUGGAUGCUUAGCUCAUUUCCCGCGCACUUUGCUCAUCGCCACUUCACCCUGCACGAGUCCUACUUGUCCUAAGUCUUCUCGAUCUAGAAGCAGGUGCUUUGCAAGCCGAAGUUGCGAGGACGAGCCCUCGAAAACAUCAUGCCGGUCCGAAAACAAGAUGCUCAUCGGGCCUUGGAGCUGUUGGAGGACUACCACUCUAGGCUGAUUGAGCCACAAGACAAGCAGCUAAAGAUAGCCAUAGAGCGGGUCAUCAGAAUCUUUAAGAGCAAGCUCUUCCAAGCAUUACUGGACAUACAAGAGUUUUACGAGUGCACACUUCUAGAUGACAGUAAAUCAACACAACAGAAGACAUUGGAGACCUUACAGAUUGCCAGUAAAUGGGAGAGAGAACCACCCAUCACCACUGUGGUUCAACCUAAAAUAGAGAAAUCUGUUGCUCCAAUGGAUGAGGAGUUACCUCCCCCUCCCCCAGAACUUAGAAAUGAAAUCAAUACCAAAGCACACAUCCUAGGCGCUGAUGAUGACACAGAUAAUUUACCUCCACCUCCUCAAGGAUCGGAAGGGGGAGAAUCUGAUUAUAUGAAUGGGGAACCUGAAUGGGAGUUCGAGACCAUUCCACUAGAGAGGGGAAACACAGGUUUAGGGUUCAGCAUUGCAGGCGGUGCCGAUAACCCUCACGUAGGGGAUGAUCCCAGUAUCUUCAUUACGAAGAUCAUCCCUGGAGGGGCUGCAGCGGAAGAUGGAAGACUCAAAAUUAAUGACAUCAUUGUGAAGGUGAAUGAAGUGGAUGUAUCAGAGGCGACACACUCAGAGGCAGUGGAUGCUCUCAAACAGGCUGGCACUAAAGUGGUUCUGCAUGUGAAGAGGCUAAAAGCACCUACAGAAAAUAUCUUGGAAAUACAGCUGGUCAAGUCAAACAAGGGCCUAGGUUUCAGUAUAGCAGGGGGAAUAGGAAAUCAACACAUUCCAGGAGACAAUGGGAUAUUUGUUACCAAAAUUAUAGAGGGAGGGGCAGCCGAACAGGAUGGCAGGCUAGCCAUGGGGGACAGGCUCAUUGCAGUGAAUGAAGCCAAUCUUGAUAAUGUGACACAUGAAGAAGCGGUGGCAGCUCUGAAGGCCACACAGGAAGUGGUUAACUUAACCAUAGCCAAACCAUCCUACGUACCCGACAAUGUCAGCCAGGAACCUGCCACUCCACCCUCUGCCAGAAAAGCUGAAAAUAUUGCUAUUGUUGCACCAACCUCUAGUCCAGACCGACCUACAAAUGUUUCACACCAUUCAGAAAACACCUACGCAAAUGAGGAUCCAGGGAGGGACCCAAGGAAAAUUGUACUGAAGAAAGGUUCAACUGGUUUGGGCUUCAACAUUGUUGGAGGAGAGAAUGGCGAGGGGAUAUUUGUUUCCUUCAUUCUGGCUGGGGCACCUGCUGACCUCAGUGGGGAGCUUAGGAGGGGUGACCAAAUAUUAUCUGUUAAUGGUAAAGACCUAGUCCUGGCCACACACGAGGAAGCAGCAGGUGCUCUUAAGACAGCCGGGGACACUGUGGAACUGGUGGUUCAGUAUCGACCAGAUGAGUACAACAGAUUUGAAGCCAAAAUUCAAGAUCUGCGGGAACAGAUGAUGAGCACCAGUACGGGCAGUCUACGCACGACACAGAAACGGACGCUAUAUGUCAGAGCACUGUUUGAUUAUGAACCAACAAAAGACAGUGGAUUACCUAGUAAGGGUUUAGCCUUCAAGUACGGGGAUAUUCUGCACGUAACGAAUGCUAGUGAUGAUGAGUGGUGGCAGGCCCGCUAUGUCACACCGGACGGAGAGGAGGAGGGAAUGGGCAUCAUUCCAAGUAAAAAACGGGUAGACAGAAAAGAAAGGGCACGGUUAAAAAAUGUCAAAUUCACUGGUAAAACGAGUGAAAAGACAAAUGGCAAUGUGCAACAUGUUAAUUCAAAUGAGAAGAAAAAGAAGAAUUUUUCAUUUUCCAAACGUUUCCCCUUCAUGAAGAGUAAAGACCACGCAGUGGGGGAGGACAUAAGCGCUGACGAGCGUGGUGCUGACAGUGAGGCAAGCUAUCGUGGAGAUGAACCUAUUCUCUCGUAUGAGGCUGUAGUGCAGCAGGAAUUAAAAUAUACUAGACCAGUCAUCAUUCUGGGUCCACUGAAAGACAGGAUUAAUGAUGAUCUCAUCUCAGAAUUUCCUGACAAAUUCGGAAGUUGUGUCCCUCAUACAACACGACAGAGGCGUGACUAUGAGGUGGACGCAAGAGAUUAUCAUUUUGUGGAGUCACGGGAACAAAUGGAGCGCGACAUCCAGAAUCAUCUGUUCAUUGAAGCAGGACAGUACAAUGAGAACCUCUAUGGAACCAGUGUGGCAUCAGUUAAAGAGGUGGCAGAGAAGGGAAAGCACUGCAUACUUGAUGUGAGUGGGAAUGCCAUAAAGAGGUUACAGGUGGCUGGAUUAUAUCCUGUGGCCAUUCUUAUCAAACCGAAGUCCGUAGAAUCCAUAAUGGAUAUGAAUAAGAGAAUAACAGAGGAACAAGCAAGAUUGACAUAUGAAAGAACCAUGAAACUGGAGCAAGAAUUCGGAGAAUACUUCACAGCUGUUGUGCAAGGUGAUACUGCGAAUGAGAUCUAUGCAAAAGUAAAGGAGGUGAUCCGUGACCAGUCCGGCCCGACUAUUUGGGUCCCAGCCAAGGAGAAGUUAUGAGCUGGCCGACAGGCUGGCGGUUACUGUUGCAGAUCAACCCUUGCUCACUGAUUGACAAACUGCCAAUAAACUGUGACAUUCUUACCAAAUUGUGUGAUGCAGGACUUGGGGAUAAAAUCUACAAACCUGGGCGGGCAAUAGUUUUAUUUAUUUGAGUUAUGUUUCUCUCGGUUUUUUUUACUGUGAGUGUAUCAUUCUUCAUUCUCAAACAUGUAUGUGACAGUAUGAAUCUUUCGCUCAUGUCUAGAUUAGAAUUUCCUCUGGUUUGAUUGAUUUUCAAGAAAAGUCUAUUCAUGUCUUUUGUGAUUUUGAUAUUCACACACACCCCAAAAAAUCAAAAUGUAUAGGGUUGAACAAACACUGUAUUGUAGUAAAAAUGAAAGUAAUGAUUUGGAAUAAUAAUCAGGUAUUUAAAGAAAAGUUUACUCAAGUAUCUGAUCAACCAGGAUAAUAACAAAGUAUUGAUAAUCAAGUGUUGCCAAUUGUGAUAAAAUUGUACAUAUAAAUGGAAAGGAUAAUAUAGAAGAAUAUCGCAGGAGAAUUUUAGUAGUGUAAUAUAUACAUGUAAUUUAAAUUUUUUUAUGGUGAAAAUAUUCAUGCUCAUUAUGUUGAUUGAUAGAAUAUUUUAAUUAUUCCAUUUUAUACCGUUUACAUUGUACAACAACAGGUUAUAAUGCUGCCAAUGUAGUCUUUAAUUGCUUCCAGUGUAUUUAGUUGUGCAAUUUUAAAUAUGCUCUCUGCAAUUGAAUGGAUAAAGUUGACUAUACUAACAUUCCUUAAGUAUUCCAAUGCAAUUUUGAUUGUACAGUGAUCUGUUUUUAAUAAGAAGGGUUUGACAGACUUGUUAUUUUGAAAUAUUUUAAAGCAUUGUUGUAUCCAUUGUUGGAAAAAAAUCAAAGUGCUGAAGUUUUUAAAAAAAAAUUGUUUUGUUUUUUGUAUUAUUGUUCAUUAGGAGCCAAGCUUUAAACUCUUUCUAACAAAUUUUUUGAAUGUUUGCAUAUCUUGGGCAUUUAAUGUCGUGAGAUUAGACAGCUCCGGGUUUCUGUUCCUUCAUUUGCCUACCUCGUCCAGCCCCAGUCUACCAACUGAUAUUUGUUAGCAACAGUCAAAGAUCAUUUGUUUUGAACAUUUACAAUCAAAAACAGAAGUCCCACUAUCUCAACAUUUGUGUCUUAAUUACAAAAUCCGAAGGAAAUUUCACAGUGUUGUACAAAAUUGUUCCCCUUGGUGUACUAGUCAUGAGGGUAUCUAGUGAUUUUCACCGGACAGCUGAAGCCAUCUUGUUAGGAGAGAGGGUGGCAGCUGAAAUGAAAUUUUUUAUAGGUAGACUAGGACCUGAUUCAUAUCCACUCAUGGUGUACUACAUUUUCAGAGGAGUGUCUGGGCGGAUAUUUUCUUGCCAUUUAGGGUCUAUCUCUGUUGUGAUGUCAUUCAUUUUUCAUGGUGAGAUAGAGGAAUUUCUACAAGUGUUUGUAAAGAUGUCCAGAGUCAGCCAUUGUCCAUUCAUUCAGACACUGCUGUUUGUCAUUUUCUAUAUCACAUUUUUGUGCAUUCAGAAUCACUGAUAUUGUUCAUGGAUUCAUUAUCUGCCAUUUGAAUCACUUUUAGGUGUAGAUUUGUUUUUGUAAAUUUUUUCAGUAUGAAUUACCAUAUCUAAAUAACCCACAUUAUUGUCUUCAGUGAAGUCAGCAAAUCUACAAUGUUUUAUGGUAAAUGUAGAUCAUUAUAAGUGUACUGAUGUAGCAGGAAAUUGAAGAUUUGAAUAUACAAAUUAAAUUAGAUGGAUAGAAAAAAGCGUAUAAGGUACAUGUAUUUGGAAUACAGCAAGUUCCAGAAAUUGUUACCUUUUUAGUAGUUGGCUAAGUAAUUUCAGUAUUCAGCGUACAUGGAAAUUUUAAAUGGAAGGUUAAAGCUAUAAUUCCUUUAUCCUAUUUGCUCCACAGGAAACGCCCAAAUAAGGGCAUAUUUGAGAUGCUACACACAUUUGAACUCUGUGGUUCAGUCACAACACUUCUGGACAGAGACAUUUGUCAAACAUGGGAAUUUCCUUACCCAGCCCCUCCCCCUUUACCUUUUUUUUUAUUUGAUGGUGUAAAGUCACCUCAGACUUCGUUCAUGUAAACAUCUUUACUGUUCUGAGACUUAACUAGUGUAAGCGUAAUUUCUAUAUGCAGUAAGUUAGGUAUGUGAUACAAUUCUCCAAAUUACUGUUAUGUCAUUUAAUGAGUUACAAGUGCUGAAUGAUUCUCCGACUUUUUCAAUGUUUGAAAUAAAGUCUUGUCUGCUUUCCAUUGUGCAUGUAUAUAAUAAGAAAUGCUUCUCAUUGGAUAAGCUGACUUAAUUCAGGAGUCAUUUACCAAGGAAAAUAGUAUAUCAUUAAUAUAAAUUAAAUAAUUGUUUAAA